CGAGCAUGAUGCUACGGUGACUCUAGGCCUGUCGGGGGUUAGGAUUUGCAUUCCAUCAACCAACUUCAUAAAAAGAGUACCCUCUCUCUGUUCCGUACGUCGUCGUCCUUCAUCGUUUCACUUCCCAGUGCCAUUGGCACUGCACAGUUCCUGAUAACAGUUAACCCUGGACUGACAGUUUUGAUUGACAGUGACCCCAGAUCAACCUAGCAACGUUCCACAGCCACGAACUUGUUGGUUUCUUUUUUUUUCUUUUGCAGAAAGCUUUUAUGGGAUUACAAUCAAGUUCACGCUUAAAAUCAAUAAAAGUUGCUGUUUGUGUCAGAUCGUGAACUCUAUAAUAUGGACCCUGGCUUUAUUGCCAAGCCUCACUCUCGUUUCUCUCCCUCCCACACAAAUCCUCUUUCCGCGUUAUAUCGCGUCGAUCUCUUUCCUACCCCUUCUCACAGCUACUUCCUCCCAAACCAAAUGGACCAAAGCUCAAGAUACACAGCCGGAACAACCUGUAUCCCUUCCCUCUUUCCUCCAGGCGUAGACCCAAAUACCGUCGAUUUCAGAACUUUCUUUCCUUAUAUUCCAAACGAGGUCAAGCAUAGAAAGCGCACCUCUCGUACACAGCUCAAGGUCCUAGAAGAUAUAUUUCGUAAAGAUACAAAGCCAAAUGCUGCCCUUCGUAAAAAGUUAGCAGCAGAGCUAGAUAUGCUUCCACGCGCAGUUCAGGUCUGGUUUCAAAACAGGCGUGCAAAGGACAAGGCUCUUCGUAAAAGAGUUCAAGACUCGACUCACCAGGAUUCUCCUUCUGCUCUUUCUCCUCAAAAGUCUCAGUCGUCUAGGGACACCUCCCCCAAUGACUCUUCAAAUUCAUCAACCCCCACGGAAAAACCCACGCACCCUGCAGAAGACGAUCAACCGCCCUCGCCAGAGCCACACGCAGUGGAGCGAUCACCCAUUGCUGAAAGUCCUCUUGCCAAGUUUUCCUUUUCUCCUGCGCCGCCCACUCAAGCAUGGCCACCCUCUCCUGCCGAAAUUCCCCCUCAUGUUCGCCCUUUACCAACUGACUUGACUUGGCAGGACAAUAAUGACCUUCUAAACGCACGCAGAGGGUCCCUGCCAAUUACCAUGUCCAUGCCAAGUACAGAUGCCAACCAGCCCCCUACACACUUCCCAGACAGACGCAAGUCCAUGGACGUCAGCCUCCUUAGGCUCAUGCACCAUCCGUUCGCACGCGUUGCAAAGGAGAAGAAUGACGCGAUAUUUCUCAGGCCGCCCAUAUCUCCUGCAGGGUCGGGUCAGUCCAUGGCCCGUCCACCGUCCGGCCUCGGUGGGCCAAGCAUACGUGCAACAAGUUACGGUUCCUCCCCUUCAUACAACCCUUAUUCCCGCCCUUCUCUCGCUCAUAGAGCGUCAGAGCCCCAUGUUUUUGCACCCACUCGCUCCUCCCUUGUACCAGAGAUACGCACACCGUCUUCGCACGUGCCACGCCGGCUCUCGGACAACCGCUAUACGACAAGCUCAAGGGCACUCCCUUCGCCUAUUCCUGGGCCCCUGCCGAAACCUGAUUUCCAAUUUGGCGCCCCGUCAUCUGCCUCCCCUCCGCAUGCCUCGCCGGAUGCAGAAUCCCCCGGGAAUAUGCACGCGUGGGCGUUUCCUCGCAACGAGGCAGAUCAGGACACGGAGGACUCGUACAGUUCGACCGGAUUGUCUAGAUUUGGCUCGAUUGCUAGCAUCUGUGGGAGCGACACCAGCGCGGUUUAUUCAGACGUCAGUAGUUGUGUAGGCGUCGAUCAUUUCGAUCCGAAUGGAAGGAGAGGGUCUUGUGCAUCCAACUCCCUCGAGACGCGCAUGUCCGGUCUGAACAUGCGGUCUAGCCAGGGCUCGCUCAAUGAGGCUCACUUAAACGCCGCAUCUUCGUUUGCCUAUCAGCACAGGGAGCACCUGUUAUCACAGGAACCUGGGUACACUUCACCUGCUUCCACCGUUUCGCCCGGGGGAAGUCCGCACCCUGGAUACGGCAAGGACCCUGGCCCUUCUGGUCUGCGAACGAGCGAGGCCUCGUUUGGCUACAAUCCUCUCCCACCAGAAACUAGCGCCAAUGCCUAUCUAGGUCCCACAGAGCCUGCCACUGCGAGUCGCAGGCCCAGUAUACCCACCAUCCAAGAAGGCAUACCGCACAGUCAUGUCCAGAACACUCUCGAGCACAACUCUUCAUACCCGACGCCCGUAGACACGACGUCUCCUUCCAAUGCAUAUCAUUUCGCCUCGGAAUCCAACCAAUACUCCCACACAGGAAACUAUCCGCCAUUCCCGCGCGACAGCACGUUUCCUCCCACGGAGGCCUCAUACGCCCAACCUGGAUUGCAGUACCCAGCAGAGAGCAGUUUUUCGUUGAGCUCUGCUCCGUCUGCUAAUAUUGGAAUUGCCAAUGGUAUGAGCUCGUAUGUGUCGCCUCCGGCUGAAUAUUCUUUCGCUGUGCCUCCUGCGAAUAGCGUGGGGCAUGGUGGGGAGCGGUUCAGUGCGUAUAACUGAGGCGGCCGUCGAGC